GGCCGUGACGCUACAGUCUCGCGAGAUGAGCCAAGGUGCUGGACGUUAACGGCGUUGCGGUACGGUCAAGCAGCGAUCCGGGACUGUGAGCUGGGUUAAAAAAAGAUCGGGACUGUCCCGCGGAAAGCGGGCGGUAUCUGAACGGUUUCAGCCAAUUAGCAACUCUUCAGAUCUGAGUCCCGGGAUUCUAUAGCUGAACGUCCCAUCCCACCCGGCGCUGACUCUCAAUCGGUUGUGCAGUCGUCAGUCCUUAUACAGACCUAAAGGACAGGGAAACAAAGUUGUAGUACAGAACGGUUCGAUGCAUCAGAAAGAUGCAGUAAAUGAUGAUGACUUUGAGCCAUAUCUAAAUAGCCAGACUAAUCAGAAUAAUAGCUAUCCACCAAUGUCUGACCCAUACAUGCCUAGUUAUUAUGCUCCAUCCAUCGGAUUUCCUUACUCUCUCGGUGAGGCAGCAUGGUCAACAGCUGGUGACCCACCAAUGCCAUAUUUAUAUGGACAGAUGAGCAACGGGGAACACCACUACAUACCAGACGGAGUGUUUAGUCAGCCUGGUGCUUUGGGAAACACUCCUCCCUUCCUCAACCAGCAUGGGUUUAAUUUUUUUCCUGGUAAUGCAGAUUUCUCAACGUGGGGGACAAGUGGAUCUCAGGGACAAUCGACACAAAGUUCUGCUUAUAGUAGUAGCUACGGAUACCCACCUAGUUCUCUUGGUAGAGCCAUAGCUGAUGGACAAGCUGGAUUUGGCAGUGACACUCUGAGCAAAGUGCCAGGCAUUAAUAGUAUAGAGCAGGGCAUGACCGGGCUGAAAAUUGGUGGUGACAUGACAGUUGCUGUAACAAAAACUGUAGGGUCAGCUUUGUCUAGUGCAGGGAUGACAAGCAUAGCAGUAAACAGUGUACCUCCAGUUUGCAGUUCAGCUCCUAAGCCAACCUCUUGGGCUGCCAUUGCUCGGAAGCCAGCAAAGCCUCAACCCAAGUUAAAGCCUAAAGGUAAUGUGGCCAUUGGUUGCUCUGCUGUUCCUCCACCGCCUAUAAAACACAACAUAAAUAUUGGAACUUGGGAUGAUAAAGGGUCUAUUGUAAAAACGCCUCCCAUUCAACCAGUUCUGCCUCCUCAGCCUGUAAUUCAACAGCCUCAGCCAUUAACUCAACCUCUACCCAUGGUGCAAAACCAACUGCCUCAGCAGCAGCUACAGCAACUAGGACCUCAUCAGUCACCUCACCAGGUUCAGCAGCAGCUUCAAAACCGCUGGGUGGCACCUAGAAAUAGGGGGGUGGGCUUCAAUCAGAACAAUGGGUCCGGCCAUGAGAAUUUUAGUUUAGGUGUUGUGCCUGUUGGCGCUUUGCCUUCAGCUGUUGAAGUGCACCCAGUACUGGAGAAACUGAAGGCCAUUAACAACUACAAUCCCAAAGACUUUGACUGGAGUCUAAAAAAUGGACGAGUGUUUAUUAUCAAGAGCUACUCUGAAGACGAUAUUCAUCGUUCUAUAAAGUACUCAAUCUGGUGUAGCACCGAACAUGGCAAUAAACGUUUGGAUGCUGCUUACCGAUCUUUGAAUGGAAAAGGCCCACUUUAUUUACUCUUCAGUGUAAAUGGAAGUGGACAUUUUUGUGGUGUAGCUGAAAUGAAGUCUGUUGUGGACUAUAAUGCUUAUGCUGGAGUCUGGUCCCAGGACAAAUGGAAGGGAAAGUUUGAUGUAAAAUGGGCCUUUGUCAAAGACGUACCUAAUAACCAGUUGCGGCAUAUUCGUUUAGAAAAUAACGAUAACAAGCCUGUUACCAACUCGAGGGACACUCAAGAGGUUCCCCUAGAAAAGGCCAAGCAAGUUCUUAAAAUAAUUGCAAUGUUCAAGCAUACAACCUCUAUCUUUGAUGACUUUGCACAUUAUGAGAAGCGUCAAGAGGAGGAGGAAGCCAUGCGUAGGGAGCGAAAUCGAAACAAACAAUAAUCUCGAGCGAUAUCCUGCUAUAAUCACAACACUAAUGAUGUAGACUCUGGAAAUGCAUACUAUGUUGAAGAAUACAGUUAAUGCUUUUUAUUUCUGCUUUGGUGAGAUUGUUGGACACUUUAACACAAAAUUGACUCCCCCCUCCUUCUAAUGGUUUCAUCUGCCCUGAUGCUCUCUCACCAAACACACUUGAGAACUUUAACUUUGUCAAGCACUUUCUGUCCUGAUGCUUUUACCAGUAUCUUUUAGUAUUUUUUUUGUAAUCAUGUAAUCAUGCAUCCUAGCUAAAUCUAUGGAGACUCACUGAAUGCAAGGAUCCUUUGUUUUAAAAUUGUUUAAAAUACUAAAAUAUUGUUAGGAAAGUUGUUGAUGUGAGAUUCACAAUGUUAUGUUUUUCUUUAUGCAUUUUAUGGUGUCCUUCUAUUAGAUGUGGAAGAUUAAAAAAUGCAAAUGAUGCCAUGUUAAAUUGCAGAGUAAACCUGAUCUGUCUAUGAAAUCAUUGUAGUCCUGUUACGACACACCAAUUUUAAACUUUAGCUUCGCCAAAUUACAUUCAUGUUGUUGGCAAAUACUCAUUGACUGAAUCGUUUUGACUGUUUGGUGUAGGAGAAAAUUAAAAUGUAGUGUGUGGCCACCAAGUUUAAUGCACAUUUUUGUAUUCCUGUAACUUUUUUUGCCACUGAUGUUUGGCAGCAAAGGGGGGCAUAAUAGCACCUUUUGUUUUCUACAACUCCAUUUCACAAAACUCAGUGUUAUUACCUCAGUCUAGAAGAGACUUUUAAUGACCUUUAUACCUGCAGAAACUUUUAAACUUGGGCCUGCAAGCUUCAGCAAGUGCUCCCAUGAAAUAUAGAAUUUUAAACGUUUGCUAUUUAAACGUUUGCUAAUUCAAUAAACCUGAUUCUCCAUUAUCUAGCAUUUAUUUGAAUUUUCGCACUUUCUAUUUUUUUUUUCUCUUGCCUUGCAUUUUUUCUUGAUUUAAUUGAAUUCUAAGGUUCGGAAACAACGUGAUUUUAUUUUUUUCCCUUUGAAUUCCAUUUUUUUCAUCAGAUAUCUGAAUUUAGCUUAAGUGCCUAUUUUUUUUAUAUUUAAAUCAUAAUCUUAAGUGUUUUCGAAGGAUAUAAUAAUGUAACCCAUUUGAGCCUUGCUAAAUUAUGUUCAGUUAUACUUUUUCUCAAACCUUAUUUUAAUGCAUUUGUGUUUUGAUUCGCAAGAAUUGUUUUUUUUUCAGUGCUACAAAUAUUUCCUGUAUAGAUAUUAAAUUUUUUUGGUCCUCCUACUGAGUUUGUUUUCUGGCUUCAAGGUGAAGACUUCAAAACUACAGCAAUUUUUAAUACAAAAAGGAACGUUUUUGUUACAGAUUUGAAAUUGAAUGGCAUAUUUACUGCAGUAAUUGAGUACAAAGAUAAAUUGAAUAAAUUCAGCUCAACCAAAUUAUUUAGCUGUUAACGUUAGUUUUUUUUUUUUGAACUAAAAGGUUUUGUUAGAUUCUGAAAUGUGUUUAUGAUCAUAAACGUUGUCUGCAUUUUUAAUACCACUACAGUUUAUUAUUCUCCAUGGUACUUUUUUGGGGUUGGAACUAUUUACAAGAUUUCCUUCUAUGUAAGUUUUUUUUUCCUCAUAUUCUGUGUCAAAUGUUACUUUUAGAGCUCUGUCACUUGUGGGGUUUUAACAAAAAUAAGCAUUGUAAUAGAAAACCAUGUAAUACGCUUGUGUAACACAAAUUUUACAAUCUGAUUGUUUAAAAGAAAAAAUGCCAGAAUGUGCAUUCACAUGUAGAAACGGAUAGGUCAGCACAAAUCAAGUCAUAUAAAACAGAUGAAUUAAAAAAUAUUUUUUUCA